UGUUGCGUCAUAAUUAACCUCCAUGACAAGUGUAAGGAUAUUUGAGCUUUGGGCGGAUUGUUUUUGCAGCCCGUUCACUUCCCACUCCUACGCCUACUACGCUAGUAGCAACAGGCAUGCUACCAUUAGAAGUUAACUUUAAGUAGCUUUAUUGUAGCUUUUUCUCUGUCAUCAUGGGUGACUUGGACUCGACCGGGGUCAUCUCUCGCAAGAGAAGGGCGAUGUUUGCGGCGGGGAGAGUUGCAAGUCUGCAGCCGAUGAACGAGAAGUCUGCCGCGGUGUGUCAGAGCUCGGUGGCCGCUGACUGUAGCAGAGACAGCGGCCAGGGAAAACAAGACCGUCCACUGGAAACAGUCGGCUCGAAAUCAAAGAGUGAGAAAAAUAAACGCAGGAAUGACUUAAGUGAAAGACUGAGCUGUCAUAAGACACAGGAGUCUCUGCUGAGUUCAACCAGUGGUUACAAUAACUACAGAGGAAUCCUCAACUGGUGUGUGGUCAUGCUGGUGUUGAGUAAUGCUCGGCUCUUCUUAGAAAACCUGUUAAGGUACGGUGUUCUGGUGGACCCUAUUCAGGUGGUUUCCUUGUUUCUGAAUGAUCCCUACAGCUUGCCAGCAGCAUGCCUGGUGAUUGUGUCCAACAUUUACGUUCUGGUGGCUCUCUACACUGAAAGGCAGCUGUCAAAGGGUUCAUUCACUGAACUUGUGGGAUUUCUGGUCCAUUGCAUCAACAUGGCAAUCAUGCUAACAUUCCCUGCUGCAGUGGUUCUUUUGCUUCCCUCCAUGACCUCAGUCGGUGGUGCAUUCGUAGUUGGCACUCACACCAUCCUCUUCCUAAAGCUUUACUCCUAUAAGGAUGUCAACAUGUGGUGCAGAGAGCUGAGCAGUGUCAAAGCCAAGAAACUGACCAGGUCGCAGUCCUGUCCCUCGGCACAACACCUCAAUGGAGGCGACCGUAAGGUGUGUUACCCUGGCAACCUCACCAUCAGAGACAUGUACUACUUUGUCUUUGCUCCGACUCUGUGCUACGAGCUCAACUUCCCUCGCUCUCCUACUAUUCGCUUGAGUUUCCUGCUGAGGAGACUGUUUGAGAUGCUGUUCUUCAUCCAAAUGUUAGUUGGUCUCACUCAACAGUGGAUGAUUCCCAUCAUUCAAAGUUCCAUGAAGCCACUCGAGGACAUGGAUCUGUCCCGGAUGACUGAGAGACUUCUAAGAUUAGCUGUUCCUAAUCACUUGCUGUGGCUCAUGUUUUUCUACGGGUUCUUCCACUCGUCUAUGAACUUCACCGCUGAGCUGCUGCACUUUGGAGACAGACAGUUCUAUAAUGACUGGUGGAACUCUGAGACGGUGACAUAUUUCUGGCAGAACUGGAACAUCCCUGUACACAAGUGGUGUCUGCGCCACUUUUACAAGCCCCUGCUUAGGAGAGGAUUUAGUAAAAUAGUCAGCCAAUCAGCUGUCUUCUUCUUGUCGGCUUUCUUCCAUGAGUACUUGAUGAGUAUUCCUCUCAGGAUGUUCAGACUUUGGGCCUUCAUGGGCAUGAUGGCACAGAUCCCAUUAGCCUGGCUUGUUGGUCGCUUCUUGCGCGGUAACUACGGCAACGCAGCAGUAUGGAUCUCGCUCAUCAUUGGUCAGCCUUUCGCCGUCCUGAUGUACGUCCACGACUUUUACGUCCUGCACUACAGACAGGAGGAUGACUGAUGUGCACACACACACACACACACACACACACACACUUCACAGGUACAUGUCAGGAUGAUGACAUGAUCACAUCCUGAUCAUAGCAUGUUUACAUUAGAGAUCUUGAAAAAAGUGGGGAAAGUUUUUUCAAGCUAGGAAAGGUGUGAAUAGCUAACAGGGGGACAUUUUUAGAAAUAUGAAGUGGAAAAUGUAGAAAAUGUUGAAUUUUGAAACACUACUGUAAAGUAGGGAGGAAAGCUUCUGUAUUAAGUGAUCUAAUCGUGCAGCUUCACUCAGGUUUGGGCCAAUUUGGGUACUAUAUGUGGUACUGCAGAAAACCUUUCCUUUUGUUUUACCAGAGAGGUUUUGCUCUUCUUCAGCUGUGUGCAUGGACAGUGUAAUGACUUUGGCUCAAUUGUCAAUUUAAGUGCCUUUUUGUAAAAGUUGUGAUAGACAUUUCUGAUCUACUGGGUUUUCUUUUUGUGACCCAAAGGAGCUUGUAUCUGUCAGGUUUUACUGUGAGAUGAAACAAUGAAUGUAUGCUGGUACGAUGUGUUUUUUUUAUGAUGUUUUACAUUCUGGGUUAUGAAAAGGCCAGCUAACUCUGUCUGUUUUUUUUCUUACCUGAAGUGCCAUUACAAUAUUGCAGCACACAUCCAAUCGCUGCACCACUGCAUUUUUUAUGUAUUGAUUUUGUUUUAGAUCAGAAAAGAAACCGAGAGUUUGCAAAAUCACUGAAUUAGUGUUUUGUUUGUCAGGCUACUAGUUUAUGGACUGCUGCCAAGUAAUGAUGUCUAAUGAUGCAGCUAAAUACAAUGUGUGUCUGAAAAUGAACAUUCAACAAGUUCAAUUUAAGUGUGUGUGUGUGUGUGUGUGUGUCUUGUGCCGAUGUUUGAAUAAAGAUUAAAAGAAAUGUAAACUCACACCAGGAACAGGCAGCCAGAAGAGAGCAAGCUUUUCAUCAUUUGGUAUACAGCAGCUGAUUAAUUAAUGCAAACAUGUAUCCAAUCACAGUAUCAAUGAACAUACUGUAAAUGUUGUUUUCACAUGCCAGUUACUGUAUAUGUGACUGCUAUAGGAAGGUAGAAAUCUUAUCUGGGAAUAAAAAGUAAAUUCAG